AAAUACGCACAUAAUCACUUUCUUCUUUCUUCUUCUCUGUUUUUUCUUUGAAGAGAAACAUCAUAAGAAAAAGAAAAGGAAAGAAAGUGGUUACGAUUUCCCUAAUGUAAUGCAUCAUAAGAAAUCCGAACUUCAGAUCGGAAAAGAAAGCACCGGCGUCUCUUCCGAUUUCAACCCGCUCCGCCACCACCCCAACCACCACCACCACCCUAUCCCCAACCUCAACCUCCAAACCCAAACCUCAACAGUCCCCUAUAAAAGACCCUCCCUCUGCAAAUCCCCAAUCCUCAACAGAUUUCCAAAACCGUGCCGCGCCACCGUUCCCUCCGCCGCCACCACCACCUGGGUAUCCUCCGUCGUCUCCCUCCGUUCCCGCCUACGCCUCUUAAUCUUCUUCUCCCUACCCUUCUUCUACUUCCUUGUCUCCCACCCUACAAACUCCUUCAUCCUUGAUUUCCUCGCCGCGUUCUUCUUCUCCGCCGCGCUCUUCUUCUCGGUCAGCCUCGCCCUGCCGCGAAUCCCCUCCAUCCGCUUCUUCCUCAAGCCCGAGGCCCGGCCCGCGCUGAAGUUACCCGUGUUCUGGGCCCGCCCGGCCCAGCCCGAGUUUCAAUUCUGCGUGGUUGCGUACCCGAACGGCGACGUUUACGAGGGGGAGUUCAGGGGAGGAAAGUGCUGUGGGAGUGGGGUUUACUACUACAGCAUGAGUGGGAGGUAUGAGGGGGAUUGGGUGGAGGGGAAGUACGAUGGCUUUGGGGUAGAGACGUGGGCCAGGGGGAGUAGGUACCGGGGGCAGUACCGCCAGGGUCUUCGGCACGGGUUCGGGGUGUACCGGUUUUACACCGGCGAUGUUUAUGCCGGGGAGUGGGCCAGUGGGCAGAGUCAUGGCUGUGGGGUGCACACGUGCGAGGAUGGCAGCAGGUACGUGGGGGAGUUCAAGUGGGGCGUCAAGCAUGGCCUUGGACACUAUCAUUUUAGAAAUGGGGAUACAUAUGCUGGUGAAUACUUUGCGGAUAAGAUGCAUGGAUAUGGGGUAUAUAGUUUUGCAAAUGGCCAUUGUUAUGAAGGAUCCUGGCAUGAAGGCAAAAGGCAAGGAAUUGGAAUGUAUGCAUUUAGAAAUGGAGAAACCCAGUCUGGUCACUGGCAAAAUGGAGUCAUUGACACUCCCAGCUCACAGAGUGCCACCUAUCCUGUUUCUCCUGUUGGUGUCAAUCAUUCCAGAGUACUAAAUGCAGUGCAGGAAGCAAGAAGAGCAGCUAAGAAGGCCUAUGAUGUGGCCAAGGUAGAUGAAAGGGUGAAUAGAGCAGUAACAGCAGCUAACAGAGCAGCCAAUGCAGCUAGAGUAGCUUCUGUCAAGGCUGUGCAAAAUCAAAUGCAUCAUAAUGUCAACAGCAAGAGCAUUCCAAUCCCCAUUGUGUGAGGCUAUCAGCUGAAACUUUUGUUACAGUAGAAAUGCACGAGAUUGUUGGAAAAUGUCGAUAUUUUUAACUGAGCCAUUUACACUGCCAUUGUCACCACUGGCUGAGAGCAAGCAGAUUUAUUAUCCUCUGCCAUAAGUCAUAGGGGGAGAAAGGGUGAUGGCUUCCACCUGGUAAAAAAACUACAUAUUUUUUCCCUUUGCCUACAUCUUGUAAAUUUAUGUAGAUGUAAAUGCUGGUGUGCGGGUGAAACCUCAACCCAACUCUGAGGUCAUUAGAGCUGUAAAAUUGAUUUCUGUACUUUCCAAUGCCUAGUGUCCAUUUGGUUUGGGGUUUAGUAGAUAGAAUUGACUUGGAAAAAGGUUGAGAAAGAAAUUCUACUAAAUCAAGUUAUAUUUCA